AUGGUUGUGAGGACUUUACUGAUAGCCUGCCUAAUAAGUUUAGUCAGAGCAGAUGAUAUUGAUAGGCUUAUAAAAUAUGUAUUCGGUGAACCUUGCAUUUGUGUCCCUUACUACCAAUGCAUCAAUGGGACAAUUACAACUGACGGCACAGGAAUUUUAAAUCGCAGAAUGGAUUACAGAACCAUUUGUAAAGAAUAUAUGAAUGUGUGUUGCAAUGAACCAACAGAAAGCACUAUUAAGCCUUUGGAAAGGAAGGGAUGUGGACAACGUCAUCCUGAUGGCGUCGGAUUUAGAAUAUCAGGACACAACAGCAGUGAAACACAAUUCGGAGAAUUUCCUUGGAUGAUAGCACUGUUGAAAGUUAGUACUCUAGAAGAUGGCAGAGAUCUGUUGGUCUACCAAUGUGGAGGAGCACUUAUCCAUGAAAAAGUAGUUUUAACAGCAGCUCACUGUGUUCCCAAGAAAAUUGAUUAUAGUCACCUAAAGGCUAGAGCAGGGGAAUGGGACACUCAAAGUGCAAAAGAAAUGUUUCCUUAUCAGGACAGGACUGUUGUUCAAACAUUAAUUCAUCCUGCAUUUAAUGGUGAAAAUUUAUGGAACGAUUUUGCUUUAUUAGUUGUUGAUAAGCCGUUUGAAUUCAGUCUAAAUGUAGACACAGUUUGCUUGCCUCCGCCAGGAAUUGUGCUAUUGAGCAAAGAGUGCUUUGUCAGUGGAUGGGGAAAAGAUCAAUAUGGCCAAAAAGGUAAAUAUCAAGUAAUUCUCAAGAAAAUUGAUCUGCCAAUGGUACCUAAUGAUCAAUGUACCACUCUCCUCCGCAAAACAAGACUAGGUCAAUACUUCAGAUUGCAUGAAAGCUUCGUUUGUGCAGGAGGAAUACUUGGAAAAGAUACUUGUAAGGGAGAUGGAGGAAGUCCUCUAGUUUGCCCUGUUGAAGGCAAGCCAGGAACAUACCAAGCAAUUGGCUUAGUUGCUUGGGGAAUCGGUUGUGGAGAUCAAACUCCAGGAGUAUAUGCUGGCGUAUCAUAUGCUCGCCCUUGGAUAGACAAGACAAUGACAGAACUUGGAUUCUCCAUAUAA